ACAGGAGGUGGUUGGAAUCGACAUGAAUGACAGCCCUGCGUUGGUGACAUCACUGGACAACAAAAAGCCUCGUCCGGGGAAGGAAAGGCAACAAUCAAUUGGACUGCUACAGUGUGCCGCACACAGGAGAGAGAGGUGACGCUCCCCAACCCACAGACACAGAGUACAAGGAGCGACGGACAGAGUACAGUUUAAUCUUCCACACCCGUUCUCUGCUAAAGUUGAUCCUUCUAAAGUUAGCAUUUGAAGAUGUUUAAUGGCGCUUCUUUAUACUUACUUCGAUGGGUUCUGCCUACACAAGUCCGCUUAGAUAGAACGUAGGCAUUUCUUUUAUUUUAUUCUAUUGACCAAGAAGUCUCCAGAUUCCCAGCUGCGGAGAUAUGUGCAAAAGAGGAGGCGAUCGGAGCAGUGGACGGACUGUAUUUCGUCCACAGAAGGAACGCGUGGAAUAAACACGAAUUAAUGUGGAAUUUAUUGGAGCCCAAAGCUGGAAGGACGACUGGACACAGCGCUUCCUUAUCAGGGACUGACUGACCAUGGUCGCCGUGUUUCGUUCUCUCAUGGUACUGCUGCUGGCUCAGGUGUUGCUAGGAGGCGCUGCGGGACUUAUCCCCGAGGUCGGCCGGAGGAAGUACAGCGAGUCCGGGAAGCAGAGCCCGGAGCAGUCGGAUAACUUUCUUAACGAGUUUGAGCUGCGGCUCCUCAAUAUGUUCGGACUUAAACGGAGGCCGAACCCGAGCAGGCAGGCUGUGGUGCCCCAGUACAUGGUGGACCUGUACCGUAUGCACUCGGCGAACGGAGACCACAGCACUAAACGGCCCCGGAGCAUGGGGAGACACGCAGAGAGAGCCGCCAGCAAGGCCAACACGAUUAGAAGCUUUCACCACGAAGAAUCCAUGGAGGCUCUGGCAAGUCUGAAGGGCAGGACCACCCAGCAGUUCUUCUUCAAUCUCACCUCCAUCCCUGGAGAAGAGCUCAUCACCUCUGCAGAGCUCCGGGUCUACAGGGACCAGGUCCUGGGGGCCACAGCAGCUCCCACCAGUAACACCAGUCACAACAGCAGUAACCGCUCCAGUACCAAUACCAGUACCAGUGUUGGUGGCAUCCAUCGUAUCAACGUGUACGAGGUGUUUGGAGCCCCUGCAUCUCCCCGUGGGGAACCCCUGACGCGCCUCCUGGACACUCGGCUGGUGCAGGAUUCUCUGAGCCGUUGGGAAAGCUUCGACGUCAGCCCCGCCGUGUCCCAGUGGUCCUCCGGGGGGAGCCACAACCACGGAUUCAUGGUGGAGGUGUUCCACCCAGACACCCAGGGGGACGAGGAGGCCCGGAGACAGAGCAGGCACGUCAGGGUGAGCCGCUCCCUCCACGAGGACCAGGACUCAUGGCCCCAGGCUCGACCCCUGCUGGUGACCUACAGUCAUGACGGGCGGGGGAACGCGGUGCUGCACAGGGACAAGAGACAGGCAGCAGGCCACAGGAAACAGAGGAGGAAGCAUCAACACAAGGCCAACUGCCACAGACACGAACUCGACGUGGACUUCAGCGAAGUGGGCUGGAACGAGUGGAUAGUGGCGCCCCCUGGCUACCAUGCCUUCUACUGCCACGGGGUAUGUCCCUUCCCAUUGGCCGACCACCUCAACUCCACCAACCACGCCAUCGUUCAGACGCUGGUCAACUCUGUGAACUCCAACAUCCCCCGGGCGUGCUGCGUGCCCACAGAGCUCAGCCCCAUAUCACUGCUCUAUCUGGACGAGUAUGAGAAGGUCAUCCUCAAAAACUACCAGGACAUGGUGGUGGAGGGGUGUGGCUGCCGGUGAGACAUACAGAGAGAGAGAGAGAGGGAUGGGAUGAAGGGAUGGAGACUGAGAAGGACGUAGAGUGUGAGGCUAUAUGGACACCCGGUUUCCCAAUGAAAAUGUUUUAUUUAAAUGAAAGAAAAUACACAAACAGAGCUAUUUUGGGAGAAGAAGUACAAAUAACUAUAUAUGAAUAUAUUUAUGUCUAGUUAAAGUUGGGAAAAAUAAAUAUUUUACUUGGAGGAAUAAUCCUUUACUGGUUUUGAAAAUGUAUAUCUGAUGUACAUUUCGAAUUGGGUGCAAUACCACAUGAAGUAUAAUGCUCAGAUUUUUAUUUUGUAUUUAUUUCUAUUAUAACCACUUUGUUUGUAAAUAAAUCAUGUGUAUUUAUCGCGAGAAAACACUUUGGUUGUUCUAAUUGUCCCCCAACAUGUCCAGCUGACUUCACAACGUGUGUUUGAAAACAUUCAAAUCACACUAAGGAUGUCAAGGGGUGGAAAAGGUAACGGAGCUACAAACCUCUCCCACAUAAAUUAGCUGCGACCCCCCCCCCAAAAAAACAAGACCAGGUUAAAAGCUAACUCUCUAAAACUGAAUUGCCUAGAUGAAGCAUUUACAGCUACUAUGAUAAACAUAGCUGGAGCAUGGUGGUGUGUUUUGAAAAGGGUCAGUGUAAGUGUGGUGUAAUGGCCUGCAAUGGGGUAUAGAAUCACAGCAGGGUCCAGGGUAGUUACAUCUAUACAGAUGUUAUAAGGUCUCUGGGGAGGACUAAGGAAAACACAGCGAGAUGUUUGCCUCCGCUACAUGGCGUUGUACAGAUCCCUGGGAAUGAAGGCUGAGGUAAAAGUUAACCCCUGGGAAUAGUUCAUUUAAAAG